AUGAGGAAACCAUCCAUCGGUCCGUUCGCAGAAACGCGGGAUUUCGACUUUUUGGCGGCACACUCGCAUUGUUCGAAUGUUUCGGUGCAAACGGUCGACAGAAGUCGCAUAGGUCGUUUCGGCGACGCGACGAAAUUCGCGCGUGCGCGCGCCGCGACGCCCGCCAUCCUACAAAACCGGCCGCCGUGCCGCGGACUCGCUCAGUCCGAUAUAAAACAUUGUACAAGCGAGCACGUUUCACAUUUAGCGGGAAGCUUGGUGCCAUACCACCUCAGCGGCGAGCAGGACGACAGUCUUAUGUUCGCUACCAUGUUCGACUAUCAAACGGACGAGUACAACAAGCCUGUGCCCGUCGUGACCAUGGACUGGAGUCAAAAUAAAAGAAAUUCG